CACACCCGUCCGGCCGCCGCCUCCCGCGCCCGGCGCCCGCUGCAGCGCCCGCGCCCCUGCCCCGCGCCUCGUCCUCCCGCCGCCCGCCGGCGCUCCGGUCACAGGGACCCAGCCCAGGGCGCGGGGCGUAGCGGGCAUGGCCCGCCCGGGGGCCGCCUCGCCCGCGUUGGCCCUGGCGCUCCUGGCUGUGGCCCUGGCUGGGGUCGGAGCCCAGGGCGCGACCCUCGAGGACCCCGACUAUUACGUGCAGGAGCUCUGGAGCCGGGGGCCCCGCGUCCAGCGCCGGGAGCCCGAACCCGAGCCCUUCUCGCCGCCGCUGCCCGAGGGGCCCCGGGAGGAGGAGCGGGAGCCGCGCCCGCCCCAACCCAGGCCGCCCACCAGGGCCACCAAGCCCAAGAAAGCGCCCCAAAGGGAAAAGUUAGCCGCAGAGUCGCCUCCGCCACCACCAGGUAAAAAUAGCAACAGAAAAGGCAGGAGAAGCAAGGGUCCUGACAAGGCUGCCAGUGAUGACCACAGUGUCCCUGCGCCUGGAGAAGCUGUCAGAGAGAGUUGCCCACCUCUUGGUCUGGAGACCUUAAAGAUCACGGACUUCCAGCUCCACGCCUCCACAGUGAAGCGCUAUGGCCUGGGAGCGCAUCGAGGGAGGCUCAACAUCCAGGCAGGCAUUAAUGAAAAUGAUUUUUACGACGGGGCGUGGUGCGCAGGUAGGAACGACCUUCAUCAGUGGAUUGAAGUGGACGCCAGGCGCCUGACCAGAUUCACAGGGGUCAUCACGCAGGGACGGAACUCACUCUGGCUGAGUGACUGGGUGACAUCCUAUAAGGUCAUGGUGAGCAAUGACAGCCACACGUGGGUCACUGUCAAGAACGCAUCUGGAGACGUGAUAUUCGAAGGAAACAGUGAAAAGGAGACCCCUGUGCUCAACGAGCUGCCGGUCCCCAUGGUGGCCCGCCACAUCCGCAUCAACCCGCGGUCCUGGUUUGACAAAGGCAGCAUCUGUCUGAGGAUGGAGAUCCUGGGCUGCCCAUUGCCAGAUCCUAAUAACUAUUAUCACCGAAGGAAUGAAAUGACCACCACCGAUGACCUGGAUUUUAAGCACCACAACUAUAAGGAAAUGCGGCAGUUGAUGAAGGUCGUGAAUGAAAUGUGCCCCAACAUCACCAGGAUCUACAACAUCGGCAAAAGCCACCAGGGCCUGAAGCUCUACGCUGUGGAGAUCUCCGACCACCCUGGCGAGCAUGAAGUCGGGGAGCCGGAGUUCCACUACAUCGCGGGCGCCCACGGCAACGAGGUGUUGGGCCGCGAGCUGCUACUGCUGCUGCUGCAGUUCCUGUGCCAGGAGUACUUGGCCCAGAACCCGCGCAUCGUCCGCCUGGUGGAGGAGACCCGGAUCCACAUCGUGCCCUCCCUCAACCCUGACGGCUAUGAGAAGGCCUACGAGGGGGGCUCAGAGCUGGGAGGCUGGUCCCUGGGACGCUGGACCCACGACGGGAUUGACAUCAACAACAACUUCCCAGAUUUAAACACGCUGCUCUGGGAGGCAGAGGAUCGGCAGAGCGUCCCCAGGAAAGUUCCCAAUCACUACGUUGCCAUUCCUGAGUGGUUUCUGUCUGAAAAUGCCACAGUGGCCGUGGAGACCAGAGCGGUCAUCGCCUGGAUGGAGAAGAUCCCCUUUGUGCUGGGCGGCAACCUGCAGGGGGGCGAGCUGGUGGUGGCCUACCCCUACGACAUGGUGCGCUCCCCGUGGAAGACCCAGGAGCACAGCCCCACGCCCGACGACCACGUGUUCCGCUGGCUGGCCUACUCCUACGCCUCCACGCACCGCCUCAUGACUGACGCCCGGAGGAGGGUGUGCCAUGCGGAGGACUUCCAGAAGGAGGAGGGCACCGUCAACGGGGCCUCCUGGCACACCGUCGCCGGAAGUCUGAACGACUUCAGUUACCUGCACACGAACUGCUUCGAGCUGUCUAUCUACGUGGGCUGCGAUAAGUUCCCGCACGAGAGCGAGCUGCCCGAGGAGUGGGAGAACAACCGGGAGUCCCUGAUCGUGUUCCUGGAGCAGGUUCAUCGCGGUAUCAAAGGCCUGGUGAGAGAUUUACACGGAAAAGGAAUUCCAAAUGCCAUCAUCUCUGUAGAAGGUGUUAACCAUGACGUCCGAACAGCCAGCGAUGGGGAUUACUGGCGCCUCCUGAACCCUGGCGAGUAUGUGGUCACUGCCAAGGCCGAGGGCUUUACCACCUCCACCAAGACCUGCAUGGUCGGCUACGACAUGGGGGCCACGCGCUGCGACUUCACACUCAGUAAGACCAACUUGGCCAGGAUCAGGGAGAUCAUGGAGAAGUUCGGGAAGCAGCCUGUCAACCUGCCUGCCAGGCGGCUGAGGCUGAGGGGCAGAAAGAGGCGACAGCACGGGUGACCCUCUGGACACGUGAGACGCGUCCCAGACGCUUGCAGACGCUUGCCGAGGAGGCCCACCCCAGUAGUAGCUCUGUAGAGGACGCGCUCACGUCGUUUUCUCUGUAAUUCAAGAAGCGCCUGGGAGCGCGUGUGCUGCAAGGUUGGUCCGCCGCUGGAGGCUUAGGAUGUUUUCUUUCCUUUGUUCCCAUUUUACCCACAUAUCUUGGACAGAGCAGCAAAGAAAGGCUGGUGGGGAGCAGAGUUCAGCAAGUUCACCCCGGAAGCUGAGGGAGCAGCUCCAGGGUCAGGCCCUCCGGCUACACAUGGAGGGGAUGGGCUUCCCCACUUGCGUGACAGCAGGUUCCCCUGCAUUUGCGAUUGGCACUGCUGAUACUGCAGCCCUCCCAGAGCUGUCCCCAGUGCUACCACUCAAGAUGCCCUUGGGCACCCUGAGAGAACCCACCUUCUCUGACUGGCCCCAGGAUAUGCUGAGCUGCUACAAAUAAAUGCUGCACUCCGAUGACAAUAGGGACAUUACCAAGUGAGCAUCAGUGGGCCUCGGGGGUCAGGCCAGUAUCCUUCUCAGCAAAGGAUUGUGUCCACCAAAGGGGAAAGAAGCAGCCACAACUCGGGAGUGCUUGCUGGGAAGCAGGCAGCUCUGGGCUUGUCACGAGCACGCUGGGCCCCUGGAGCCCCCAGCUCCCUGCUGGCCCAGUAGCCAUGGGGGUCUGUGUUCGGGUGGGGAGAACCACAGGUGCUGGCCUUCCAAAGGGGCCAGAUGAGUUAGCCUGGGUCUCCUCUGUGCCUGCUGGGACCUGGAAUUAGCUAGGAGGAGGUCGACCUGCCGGCCUUGCUCUACUCCAGCUGUCAACCGUCUUGUGCAGCGAGUGCUCCCGAGCUGAGCUGUCAGGGUGGGAGUCGUUUCUGAUGUGUGGAAUGCAGGUCUUCCACAUGGGACUGAAGUCCGUGAGAAACCCUGGGGAUUACCCAUGCAACAUCAGGUUGGGAGGGUUAUCAGGAACCAGCAAGAAAACCGCUGUGUCUUCCUUUUUAUUGGUGUUGCUGCCUCAUUGAUCUGGGAAGAAUGGGAAAAAAUAAAGAAAGCAAAUGAUAAGA